GUCAAUUGUAACACUAGCUUGCGUUUGAUCAGGCGCCCGGGCAUCCCACUCCCUCGUUAUAUUUUAAGGUGCUGAAAUAAUGGUUAGUGAUAUUAUCGGUUCAAGUGCCAACUGGUCGCUGACCCCGAGUGCUGUUGACGACAUCUGGCGUUGAACACGAUCUCUCAGUCUCCUAAAAGAUAUGCCUGUUCCGCCUGUCCUACUGAAAGGGAGUGGGCAAUAGGGCAAACCCUUCUCCAGCACGUUCACAAGGAGGAACUGGGAGGGUCACGUUGUGUAACAGAGACUAUUUACGCGGCUUUGAUUGUUUUCAUGAACUGGUUUACUGGUUGCUGUGUUGUGCAGUGACACUGCCUGUCGCUUCUCUGCCGCUGGCGAGAUUCACCGGCCCUGUCGUUUCCAGGUGUUGGUUGAUUCGUUUUAAUAGCUUAGUCAUUGGAGGGAGACAUAACAGGUUUGCAACAUAAUGGGAAGCCCAGUCCUCUUUCACAUUAGCUGUCAUCGACAAAAAAUGUUGAAACGUUCCUUUGUGUAAUUUGGUGUGGUUCUAAUUAUGAUACAAAAAAGAACUGGGAUCUUUUAAAAGCCAGGGAGCGAAGACAGAUUAGAAUCAGAAACUAUAUUGGUCAAUUGGAACUGGAAAUAACAGCGCUUUCAUCUUUGAUUUUGAAAAGACCAACGCGUUAUGGUAAAUAAGCGAAGAGCUUCCGAUGAAGAAAGCAGGAUGAAAGUUCAUUUUCAACAGAAUGUAACUGGAAUGGAAGCCGAAAACCAGGGAAAACCUUCCACAGAUGAAAAAGAAGUGUUUGAAAGACAGAUUAAGACUCUGGAAAAUCAGAGAAAGGAGCUUCUGGAGAUAAACAAGCAGUGGGACCAUGAGUUCAGGAAUAUGAAGGCACUCUAUGAGCAGAAGCUGAAGGAAAAGUUCACCAAAUAUCAGCAGUCCCUGAGUUCCUUGGAGAAAGAAUUGGACUGGAAGCAGAGGGAUUUUGAUAAGAAGCUGCUGUUGGCUAAAGCUAAAAUUGAAACAGUAGAAGAAGAAAAGCAGACACUAAAUGCAAAAUUGCUUGAGGCUGAAGGACAAAACAAGCAUUUGAAAGAACGCCACUCUUCGACAACUAAACGUAAAGAAUAUUAUGAACAUGAAAUUGCUCGUUUGAAUAAGGCUUUGUCCGACGCUUUAAGAGAGCAGAAUGUUUUUUGCGUGCCACACAGUUUUGAUAAAACAGACAUGAUGGGAAAAUCUCGUCCUGAAGAACUGACAACACAAAUUGAGGUCCUGAAACAGCAGGUGCAGAUAUUUGAAGAAGACUUCCAGAGGGAGAGAUGCGACAGGGAAAGAAUGAAUGAAGAAAAAGAGGAACUGAAGAAAAAAAUUGAGCAGCUACAAUCAAAACUCACCUCGCUGAACACACGGCUUAAAACUUAUGAAGAAGACUUCGUAAAAGAAAGAAAAGAGAAGGACAUACUGGGAAAGAAGCUGAAGAAACAGGCAAGAGAGAUUUCACCGUCACCUGCCGCCCCGUGCUUGCCCGUUGCUUACGCACCAUGUGUUAAUUAUGGACAUGCCCCGUUUGGAAUCCCCAUCCACUAUCCAGGCCCAGCCAUUCUCACGGCACAGACCACAAGUAGAGCCUACCAGCAUCCGAUGCCAGAAUAUCCAUGGUAUGUUCCAUAUACCAACCAGUCUUCAUCAGGUCAGCAAAACAGUCAAAAUUGCAGGCCAAAAGAUGUUACCACAGCAAAAAGAACUCCACAAUAGCAAGUUGCGGAGUAAAAUGAUUGCUGUGAUUAUUUAUCAAUGUCUUCAAACAACACUAGGUCGUUGCUAACAGUUGCUCUGGUGCAUCUGCCCCUAUUAUAAUUUAAUGUAUGUUCUUGGCUUCCACUUCUUAAAUAUGCACAUUUAAAGAAAACUCAAGCUUGCCUCCUUGAUUGUGUCAACUGUAACAAUUUAUAUUUCCACCGGUCAUUUAAUGUAUUAAAAAGCCCCAAGGCAUUUUAAGAAUAUUGAAAGACAGGGCAUGCAAUUAAAUAUGGAGGUAAAGGUUGAGGAGCAGGGGUCUAUGUUGGGAAUUUCAAACUUUUUUUCCUAAUAAGAUGCAACUGUGGCCCCCAAUGGUGGAUCAAGUUGCUUGUGAGCCAGAAAGCACUGAACUGCUAUGUACAAUGGUAUAUAUUUUGAAAUAGAACACAAUAUGUGUAUCUAUUCUCUAAAUGGCAUGAAUAGGCGACAUGUUGGGUUGGGACCUCGCGUCCAGAGAUGCUGCCUGACCUGCUGAGUUACUCCAGCACUUAGUGUCAAUUCAAUACAUUUUGAUGGUUUGUCUUGGGUUGCUGUUUGGACUUGCCUUUCUAUCUCCACCUCAAUGGAUACCCUCCUUGAUUCUCUUUGACCAAGGUAUUGGUCAUCUGUCCUAAUGUUUCCUUCCAUGGCUGAGUGAAAAUGUCAGCUUUAUUAUAUUCUUGUGAAGCAGGUCACAAUGUUUUGAAUUGUUCAAAACAUUGUGACCUGAAUUGAAUUCGGCUCGAAGGGCCGAAUGGCCUACUCCUGCACAGAUUGUCUAUGGUUCAAAAAUACCAUAAAAUGCUGUAGUUGGUGUGCCCCAUUCCAGUAUAAAACAUAAACUGCCUUAACAGUGCAAUGUCUGAAAGGAUCCAUAGAAUUAUACAGCACGGAAACAGACCCUUCGGCCGAAUGAGACCACAUCAACCCUCGGGCAGCUAUUUAUACUAGUCAUACGCUAAUCCCAUUCUAUCUCUACACUCCCAUCAAUACUGCUAGAUUCUACCAUUCACCUAUACACUGAGGUCAAUAAAGAAUGGCCAAUUAACUUACCAACGAACAUUUCUUUAGGAUGUGGAAAGAAAUGACAGCAUUUGGUGGGAAUCCCUGCAGUUGCACAGAAAGCGUGCAAACUCCACUCAGACAGCACUGGAGGUUGGGUCAAUCUUGGGUCUCUGGGACUGUAAGGUAAAGCUCCACCAUCCAUACCACUGUGCUUACCCAUUUCAAUAUCCUUGGAUGGGGCAUUAAACUAGAGUCCAGUUCUGAUGGUUCAUGGUCUCAUUGGUUUUGAAUUACUUGUUGGUGUCCAAACCAAUGUCCCUUCUGAGACCAACACCAGCCAAGGCAGAGUUCCUGGCCAUUCAUCUCAAUUUGUUCGUAGCACUCAGCUAAGUACAAAAUGCCUGUCCUGACUGGCUGUAAAAAUUGUUUUUUCAAGUAGCUUUGUUCUUAAUGAAGUAUUUUUGGAUCUUUUGAAAGGCAUGAGAUUGUGAUUAUAACCAUUGCUCUUGUUCAGAUGCUAUUUUGUUCCAUACUGCAUGUCUCGGGUGCUAAAUGUUCUGCAUUUCAAAUUAUGCAUGUUCCCAGCACUGCUGGAAUAUUAAAAUUAAAUUGGCUGAUUAAGAUGUUUGAAAUGCUUUGAAGUGGAGCCUUCCAGGGGCAGAGAUAAUGAGGCUCUGAGAACUCCUAAUCCCGUGGGGAUCCAGAUUAUUUUAAUCUUGCAGCUCCAUACUUUUGUAUAAUAAUAAUUUUUGGAUCACAUUUAAUUCCAAACUCAAGUUACUGUUUAAGGAGCAGAGGAAACAUAAACUAUAGCAACGUCUAAUAAUUGUGAAAGAUUGCAGCAGGAUCUGGAUCAAUUGGUCAGGUGGGCUGAGGAAUGGUUGAUGGAAUUUAAUACAGAGAAGUGUGAAGUGUUGCAUUUCGAGGCGUCUAACAAGGGC